UGGAACGUAAUUUUUGAGUUCAGUUUCGAUUAGAAUUUAUUAGAAUUAUUUUGUUCUCAAAAUAUCCAUUUUUUCAUAUUAUUUGCAACAAUUAUGGAUAUAGUAAUAAAGUUAAACGAACAGACAGUAGGUAGAGAUAAAAUUAUCAGAUUACUGCAAUAUGGAAGUCGAGCUUAUUGGUAUUAUGCUCAGAAUAUUCGUAGUACCCAACAUUCUGCAGAAAUCUUGAGAAGUUUAGAAUAUACAUUUAGUUCAUUUAGAAAAUUAUUACGCCUUGGAAGAUGUUUGGAUAGUUUAUAUUCUGCUUUAAAAAUGAUGAAAUAUCCAGAUGUAGGUUUGAGACUCACUUUGACAUUGUCAAAAAUUGCCAAUGCUCUAUUUCUACUAGCAGAUCAUAUAAUUUGGAUUGGUCGUGUGGGAUUACAUAGGGUUAAUAUUGAAAAGUGGAGUAAAGUAUCUAAUAAAUACUGGUUAAUGAGCAUUAUUAUGAAUCUUAUAAGAGAUUUUUAUGAAAUCCUUAAAAUUCUGGAACGUGAAGGAAAAGAUGUAUUAAUGAGUAGACCAAAAUUUUCAUCUUGUUCAUGGAAGCAAUAUGAAUUAUUAUUUCAUCUAAGGAAUCAUAAAGCUAUUGUAAUGGAUGCAAUUAAGAAUGCAUGCGAUUUGUUUAUUCCAUUGACAGCACUAGGUUUUACUAAAUUUACCCCUGGGGCCAUUGGCAUAUUUGGUAUGAUAUCUUCAAUUGUAGGUAUUUAUACAUUAAUUUAUCCAUUGUAUAAGGUAACACCAGCUUAA